AUGAUGAAAGCUUCGUUUGGGAGGUUAAGGAGAUUCGCAUUGCCCAAGGUCGAUGCGAAUGAUAUCGGCGAUUCUUUUCCCACGGCACAGAUUGACGGGCUUGCUCGAGCCGCUAAGGAUAUGCAAGAAAUGAGAGAGUGUUAUGAUAGACUACUCUCGGUAGCUGCUGCCACGGCUAAUAGCGCAUAUGAGUUCUCUGAAUCAUUGGGGGAGAUGGGUUCAUGCUUGGAGCAAAUCGCACCACACAAUGAUGAAGAAAGUGGUAGAGUUUUGCUGAAGCUGGGUAAAGUACAGUUUGAGCUUCAAAAACUCGUCGACACUUAUCGUUCUCAAAUAUUCAAGACCAUUACACGACCUUCAGAGUCCCUUCUCAAUGACCUUAGAACCGUCGAGGAUAUGAAGCAACAAUGUGAAGAAAAGAGAGACGUCGUUAAGCACAUGAUGAUGGAGCAUGGUAAAGACAAGGUACAACUUAGAGGCGGUAAAGGGGAGAGACUUGUUCGCCGUCAGUUAGAGACUGCUCGUGAUGAGCUACAAGACGAGGCCACUUUGUGUAUUUUCCGAUUGAAAUCUCUCAAGGAAGGGCAAGCUCGAAGCCUCCUCACACAAGCAGCCCGCCACCACACUGCUCAGACGCAGUUGUUCUACGCUGGUCUAAAAUCGCUUGAGGCAGUAGAGAAACAAGUCAGAAUUGCUGCAGAGAGACAACACAUCGACUGUGAGCUCUCUGAUCACGGGAACGAAAUGGAGUGUAGUGAGGACGAUGAUGAUGACCGACACGUUAACCUAGACGGAGAACUCAGUUUUGACUACAUAACAAAUGAGCAGAUAGCGGAAACUAUAUCUACACCGCAUGGAUCAAUGAAGAUGGAUGCCACAGAUUUCUCGUCUCAACGCCCUUCACCAGCAGGAUCAGCAACAGUAAAUGCAGAUCAUAGAGAAGAGAACCAAAGUUCCUACCAAGAACGCAGAACGAGUAGCCAUUCAGCACCGUUGUUCCCGGAAAAGCUGAUGAGGCAGAUGACUCCGUCUGCAAAUGCUUACGUGUUACCAACACCUACCGAUUCAAAGUCCUUCACAAAACCAGUCACCCCAACAAACCACAGUGCGAACUUAUGGCAUUCAUCUCCACUUGAACCGAUAAAAACCGCUCACAAAGAUGUUGCAGAGAACAACCUCUAUUCCCGUCUUCCACGCCCGUCAGAAACUCCUCAGUUUUCUCAGCACGAAGCUGCACCACGACACGCAUUUUCCGGACCGCUCAAACCAUCCUCAACUCGUCUUCCAGUUCCACUUCCGGCUCAGGCUCAGGCUCAGUCAUCUUCUCCAAGGAUCUCUCCUACCGCUUCACCUCCGCUCGCUUCUUCUCCACGGAUCAACGAACUCCAUGAGCUGCCAAGACCACCGGGGCAAUUUGCACCGCCACGACGCUCCAAGUCUCCUGGUCUGGCUGGUCAUUCGGCGCCAGUAACGGCUUGGGAUCAAGAAAGAAGCACUGUAGUUGCGUCCACCAACAUUGUAGCAUCACCACUUCCCGUUCCGCCUCUGGUUGUUCCGAGAAGCUUCUCUAUACCUUCAAGAAACAACAGAGCCAUGGCUCAACAACCUUUACCUGAAACCAACCAAAACAGAGUAGUGUCUCCACCGCCUCUGCCGCUAACUCCAGCGUCUCUGAUGAAUCUCAGAUCGCUGUCUCGGUCUCGAGUCGGGGAAGUUGCCCAGAGCGGUCAAUUUAGAGGAGUAAAACUGAUUGAACGAUGA